ACACAUGUGACAAACACAGCAACAGAAGACAUCAGAAGAGGAAAUCUCUGUCCUAUACACAAGGAAUACAGAUAAGUCAGCAUGAGGCUGAAGAGGAUUGCUCUCCUGGGUGUGACCAUCAUAUUGGUAACACAUAUUCUCACAGUGGAUGGAAAUAAGCAAAGAGAAGGGAAAAAGGACAAAGAAAAAGGUACAAACCAGAAGCAGAGAGGAUCUAACAAAGAGGAGAAAAAGGAAUCUCCCUCCAGCCCUGCAGAAAGGGGCAAAGGCUCCAAAGGGGGGAAAAGUUCUCUUCAAGGGAAAUUUGUAAGCAAAGAGAAAGCAGAUUGUGUUUGGUCUGUGUCUGGCACUGAGACUGUGGCUUUAAACAUUGACUGUACUAAAGGGGACACUAAAAUAUCUUGCACAUUUGGCGGGAAUCCUUCAGCGUGCCCAACGUAUGCCGCAAAUGAAAAAUCCUACUGGAAACAAAUCACUCGAGCACUAAGAAAGCAGAAGAACAUUUGCCAGGACCAAAAAGCUGUGCUGAAAUCUAAGGAGUGCAAGAAAGGACCACCGGAGGCGCAUUUGAGUUACAUUGUUUCCAGUGUGCCAACAACUAGAACCAAGCAUCACACGCAAGGACAACCUAAGCCAACACCCAAGCCUGACAUUAACACAGAAAAGGACUGUGUGGAGGACCCAGAUGUCCUUGAGAGGCAAAAAAUGGCCAAAGAGUACUGUGGAGACUCAUGGCAUUCAUUAUGCUCCAUCUUCUUCUCAAUGGUGCAGAGUAAAUCUUGCUAAACCUCUUUCUAUCAUGUAAAGCAAUGUUUUAAAUCUUAUUUUUUUUAAUGCUAUAUGCAGAUGUAUUUAAAAUUCAACCAGACAGCUUGCAAAGAAUUAUGUUACACAUUUUCAGAAUUCUGUUUCUAAUAUGGAUUCGGUAAAAUGCCAGUAAACCAGAAUUACAGAUUGGUGUGCUAUAUGUAAGCUUCUAAUAACAAUGCAUAACAUAACACA